UGUUAAAAGAAAGCUGCGAGGUGAGCUGUAGAAAGCUGAUCUGCCGCCGUGGCUCUCCGGGAUGCAGCGAGGCCUCGGUAACCCGCCCGACGCUCCACUGGGAUGCCCCGGGGAGAGGGGGACGGGGGUGGGUGUCGGCUUCUACGGCGGCGGUGUCCGGCGGCGAGGGGACGGGCGAGUGGAGCCUCGGGGCUGCGGCUGGGAAGGGGCGAGGGGCUGGGAAGGGGCGACGGGACCGAGCGCGAAGCCUCCCUCCGCAGGGGCGGCGGCGAGGUUGCCCCGUCCCGGGCUCUGCUCCCCCCUCCCCCCCCCGCUCCCGAGGGACCGCGGCGGGCGGGGGGUCCGGGGGCGGCGGUGCCGGGGAGACGUCAGGCGGAAGGGAAGCGCCCGGCGGGCUGCGAGUGGGCUCCGCCGCCGUCUGAGCAUGCUCCCGCGGGGGCAGCGCCGGGAUAUAUAACGGGGCCGAGGCACCGGCAGCGGCAGCAGCAGCGGCGGCUCCGCUUGAGGGAGGGGGGACGCACCGCACCGCACCGCACCGCGCUCCGGUAUCGCGCCUCUCCGCUCCGAUCCGCAGGCUGCUCUGCCUCUCCGCGCCGAUCCGCAGGCUGCUCUGCCUCUCCGCGCCGAUCCGCGCCGCUGCGCUCCGCUCCGCACGGUCCCCUGCCCCUCGGCACCGCUCCGCGCCUCUGCGACCCGCGCUCCGCUCCGCGCCGCCCCGGACGGCACCGCUCCGCAUCGUACCGCGCUUCUCCGCGCGGUGCCGCACCGCUCGGCGGGGUCCGUCCCUGCCCGGCCGCCGCUGCCCACCGGAGCCCCGGCGCCCGGCACGGCCGAAGCGGCGCGCCCCGCUCCGCCGGCCCCGGCCCCCGCGGCGGGCGGCCCCGCGGGCGGCAGGAUGGCCGCGAAGCCGGCCGAGCUGAUGGGCGUCUGCUCCAGCUACCAGGCGGUGAUGCCCCACUUCGUCUGCGUGGCCGAGGAGUUCUCCCCCCCCGCCCGCCCCGCCAAGGCCCCCAAGGGCAAGCUGCGGCGGCCGCGGCAGUCGCGCUUCAAGACGCAGCCGGUGACUUUCGACGAGAUCCAGGAGGUGGAGGAGGAGGGGGUGUCCCCCAUGGAGGAGGAGAAGGCCAAGAAGUCCUUCCUGCAGUCGCUGGAGUGCCUGCGGCGGAGCACCCAGAACCUCAGCCUCCAGCGGGACCGGCUGGGCAGCUGCCGCCUCCGCAACAGCCUCGACUCCAGCGACUCGGACUCGGCCCUCUGAGGGCGGCGGGACCCGGGGGGGACCCGGGGGGACCCGGCCCGGCUCGGCGGGACCCGGCGUCGACACGGACUGGGCUGCAGGGAGCCGCCCCGCCGCCGCCGGCCGAGGAGCGCCCGGGGCGGGCGACCGGGUCGGGAUGUUUUCUAAGAAAGCGCUUGUACCUUCGUUUCUAUUUGAUUGUAUGAAACUCUCCGUUUAAAAGACAAAAAAAAAAAAAAGGUUAAAAAAAUAAUCUUUUCUAUUCGUUAGAAGAAAUGAGCUGUUUUAGAUGCAUUGAGCUGCUGGACUUUAUAUUUAUUUUUGCAUUUAAACUGUUGACUGCAUUAAUUUAAUAUGUUUCUACCUGAAUGUCUGUUAUUAUUUCCAUAAAAGAGUAAUAAAAUCUGAUAUAUUUGCACAGUA